AUGGUCAACAACAUACCAGCACCCGUUUUGCAAAAUGUGUUGGCACAUAGUUCCUCUCCCUAUCUACGCGCACAUCAAGAUAAUCCUGUAGCCUGGCAAGACUGGUCUGAACGGACCAUCGCCUUGGCCAAGCAGCACGACCGCCUGAUAUUUCUGAGCAUCGGAUACAAUGCCUGUCACUGGUGCCACGUCAUGGCCCGAGAGUCCUUCAGUUCAGACCAGGUUGCCAACAUUCUCAACAAGCACUUUAUCCCUAUCAUGCUUGAUAGAGAAUCUCGUCCCGAUCUUGAUGACAUUUAUAUGAGCUUUGUGACUGCGACAACUGGAGCAGGUGGUUGGCCGCUAAAUGUCUUUCUUACCCCUGACCUCAAGCCCAUUUUUGGUGGAACUUACUGGCCUGGCCCUGCUCUCACAGAUGCCACACGACCAUCGACCAACGCACCUGUCACGUUCAUCGAUAUCCUAGGCAAGAUCCAGGAACUCUGGACCACCCAACGUGAAAGGUGUAUUCAGUCCUCAUCGGAGAUUACCAACCAGUUGCGGGAUUUUGCUGCUGAAGGCACUCACUCUCAAUCAUCCGUUCAGGUCGAAGGUAGCUCACCUUCAUCGUCCGAUCCACCAGAGCCUCUGGAACUCGACCUUUUCGACGAAGCAUUGGAACACUUCAUUUCCCGCUAUGACUCGACCCAUGGGGGCUUUGCAUCUAGUCCGACCAGUCCCAAAUUCCCAACCCCGGCCAAUAUCACUUUUCUACUCCGGAUCGGGGCUGCGAUUGCAACACCAUCCACUCAUACACGUUUCGGAUUCUUCAGCCCUGUACCGGGCAUUCUAGGUCAAGAAUCUUGUGUGAAGGCUGCUUCGAUAUCUCUCCACACCUUGUUUGCAAUCUCGAGAUCAGGCCUUCGGGAUCAGCUAGGUUAUGGCUUUCACCGGUAUAGUGUGACGCCGGACUGGAAUCUUCCUCACUUCGAAAAAAUGAUGUGUGAUAAUGCACAACUCCUCGGUUGUUAUUGUGACGCGUGGGCACUAGGUCGCAAUCCUGAGAUUUUAGGUGUAAUCUAUAAUCUUGUCGAAUACUUCACAAAUCCUGACUCCCCUAUUGUCAGGCCCGAGGGAGGUUGGUAUUCCAGCGAAGAUGCUGACUCACGGACCAAACUCCCCGUCGCUACAAAUGGUGUGACGGGUGAUGAUAGUAAAGAGGGUGCUUUUUAUGUAUGGACAUUGAAGGAGCUUCAGUCUAUUCUGGGCGAUCAAUCUGCUGCUAUUGUGGCCAGGCAUUUUGGUGUCAAAUCGGAUGGAAAUGUUCCAUCCCAGCACGAUGUUAACGAUGAGUUCCUGAAUCAGAAUGUUUUGAGUAUUCAGGCGACACCAUCUGUCCUCGCAAAGGAGUUCGGACUGUCUGAGGAAGAAAUUGUUCGCAUCAUCAAGUCCGGUCGUGCACAACUUCUUGAAUAUCGCAAGACUCAGCGCUCGAAACCCAGCGUUGAUACCAAGAUCAUUGCUAGCUGGAAUGGGCUUGCGAUAUCUGCUCUAGCGCGCGCGGCUAACACCCUUGCCACCAUCGACAAGAAUCGAGCACAACGGUGUCAGGACGCUGCAGAAAAUGCCGUACGGUUCAUCAAACGAGAAAUGUUCGAUGAGUCUACCGGCGAGGUCACUCGGAUCUACAACUGGUCCGGGGCCGUGCAAGGCCGAGAAGCCGGAUCUGCCUUUGUCGACGACUACGCCUACCUAACACUCGGUGCAUUGGCGUUAUACGAUCUGAAUUACAAACCCGAACAUCUCGAAUGGGCCGUCAAAUUGCAAGCCACACUCGAUUCCAAAUUCCUCGCUGACACGAGCGGUGGCUAUUUCCAAGCCGCACGGUCCAUGGAACAGAUCAUGCGGUUGAAGCCCGGCACCGAUUCGGCGCUCCCUUCACCCAACGGCAUCAUAUGCCAGAAUCUACUUUAUCUCUCGUCGUACUGCCUCGACCAGCAAGACGAAUACACCAGCAAAGCACGUAAAGUCCUGAACGCGUUUGCAGUGGAGCUCAUUCAACACCCAUUCCUCUACGUCAACUUGUUGGCCGGCCUGGUCAUGGAGCAAUUCGGCGUCAAGCAUCUGGUUGCCCCAGACAGCAUGCGGGAACGAGAUGUCAGGAAGUUGAAGGGCUUUGGCCGCACGGUCAUCCGAGGCAACGUCCCCACUGUCAUGAUCCGUACCAAACAGGGUGAAUGCCGCGAGCUGAGGGACAGCGAUUUGAACGACGUUGACGACGACGAUAAUGGCGAUGAUCAGCUUGCCGGCCUGGUCAGGACGAGCUCCGUCGUCCCCGCCACAGCUCCUGCCACUGCGACUGCUUGA